GAGAGCAUGGCAGCGGCAGCCACAGCGCUGCUGACUUGGUUCUCCUUCACUUAGACCCGAGAGCAGCCGCGUCCUGUGCGCUCCUGGCGCAGACCCCGUGCGUCAUUCUGUUGUUUUCUUUCCGCCUCGCUUCACUCUUUUCGCGUCAAGACGCCGGGACCAGGAGCGGCUCGGAGUUCAGCCCGGAUCCGGAGACAGCCGACCCUCCUCGGCCGCCCUGAAGCCUCCGGACCGCGGAGCAGCGGCGCUCCAUGUGCGCCUCGUCGGUCCGACAGCUGAACCCGGAGUUACGCCGAACGGAACCGAGCCGAGAUCUGCUGAUUUAACAGAAAGCAAACAGAUACACGCAGAGGGAGGCUGAGUUAACGCUCCGCAGCAGAACCAGGACCAGAACCAGAACCGGACCUCAGCCCAGCGCAGACAUGCCGCAGGUGGACAUGAUCCUGUUCCUCAUCCUCAUUAUUGGGAUGUGCGUGUUCGGCCAGGACCCGGCGUCCAAGGUGGUGUCGGACCGCUACGCUGUCUUCUGGAACCGGACCAACCCAAAAUUUUACCGGGGUGAUUACCACAUCGACGUCUGCAUCAACGACUACCUUGACGUCUACUGUCCGCACUACGCGAGCCCGGUGUCGGACGAUCGGGCCGAGCGCUACGUCCUCUACAUGGUGAACUACGACGGCUACAGCUCCUGCGACCACACCGCCAAGGGCUUCAAGCGCUGGGAGUGCAACAGGCCUCUGUCGCCCAACGGGCCGCUCAAGUUCUCCGAGAAGUUCCAGCUCUUCACUCCGUUCUCCUUAGGCUUCGAGUUUCGCCCCGGCAGAGAGUAUUAUUACAUCUCCUCCAUCACCGACGACAGAGGAAGGAAGAACUGCCUUCGGCUCAAGGUCUUCGUCAGGCCCCAAAACAAUUGUGUGAAAAACUCUGGGAGCUCGCAGGAAGGAGUCGAAUUUGACGAAAACAGUCACAACUCACUUGAACCCAGAGAUGGAAUCAAUCACGAGUCGCCGGAACCAGCCAGACAAGACGUGAACGCUGCCGGUCGGCGACAGUUUUCCAUCCUGCUGCUCAGCUCUGCCCUGAUGCUCCUGGCAGCCAUUUUGUCUUUAUAGCGGCCGAGUCGCCUCACCCGGGGAAAGGACUGUCCUGAUUGGACCACAGCUCGCCGCUCUACACCUCCCUCUUUAAGGAGCACUUUUUAAAAAAGAUCAAAUUAAAAAAUCCUAAUUUCUGAGAGGAGAAGAGACUUCAGCAAGUGAAGCCUUUGCUUGUUCUUGUCGACUUUGUGACUCUUCGGGGCGGAAGAGCCUCGCUGUAAUCCACAGUAUGCAGAUACUUCACCGUUAUUUUGAAAAGCGUUCCCACACGGGACACCGUCUACACAAACGCGACACUAAUUAGCUCGAGUAGCAAAGAAGCACAGCAGGAUCCUGGGAAAAAAAAAACGUUUACAGACAUUUUUUCUCUCCCGUUCCUUUUCGUUUUUUGGGAACUUGGUGUCACUUCGUUGCGGGAGGAACAAUGGAGGACGCUGCUGCUGUGAUGACUUAACCUUCCUCUCAGGUUAGAAAGGACGCGGACUGUGGAGCCGUUAGAAACAAUAUUAAGGAAGCACUCAUCUCUUAGUGUUUGGACAGAAUCAAUUUAAUGAUCAAUUAAUGCAUUUCUUUGUUUUUUUUAUUAUUUACCAUGUAAUUGUAGCAGCCAACACGGGUGUACAGUAAAAUAUUUGAACGGAGAGCAGAAGCGAACAAGGAAUUUUUCCAGGCAAAAUGUUAUUUUCCUAUUUAUUGUGAAUUCCUUGUGCUUUUUUUCUGUUCUGCUUUAGUCUGUAAGUACAGUUAGAACGGCAAUAAAAACAAAUACCCGUCACAGGAUGUUAGCUUCUAUCACACUUAGGUUUGGAGGAAAAAGAAAGGAACAGAAAAGAGUUUGUCUGUUUUGGACCGAUCACAUGUGAUGGAGAUAGUUGUUUUUAACAAAAGUCUAGGAAAAGAAGAGGAGUUUGGUGUGCAUCAGGGUGUAGAAAUGGAGUAUUUGUGUUUUGAAUUUGCCACUGGCGAAUGUCACGAUCGUAGUUUUGCUGUUACACUCUUGUUUUUGUGGAUCACUAUUUACACUGCUAUUGUAAAUACGGGCAAAUUUUAAAUUCAGGGAUGUUUCCGUGCCGAACAUGAGAUCAAUAGAAAGAAAAGCUUUUUACGCCAAUCUGGAGGGAAAUUCCCCUUUAUUAUUACAGAAGUACGGAACUCAGCAAGGGCCAACUGCCAAAAAAAACAAAAAAAAAGAUGGAGGUGAGGAAAUAGUUUAAACUAUUGGUAAUUUGCUUAUUUUGCUUUCACAAUCUAAUAUUUUUAAAAUAGUCCCCACAAAAGCACCCACCUUCUCGAAAUGAGUAAAAAAUGUCUAAUAAAUAAAACAAUAAAUCAUUUCUGUAAAAUGGUCCAACAUAUAAUUUGGUUGAAUUAUCUCAGUAGAAAACUGAUGAACGUUAAGAAAUAAAUGUUUUUCUAAAUUGUUGGUGCAACUCUAACAAAAAUAAUGUGAGAAAUUCACUUUGAAAAAGGAUUACGGUACCUAGUUAGUGCCAAGAGUAAAAAUUAAAGUCAUAGUAAGAUCCCAGUAAGCUGUUUAAAUAUUUUCACUCAUGGAUUUUCUAUUUUUAUUUUCCCUCUACCAACAAAAAUAUUGAUGUUUCACAAAUUAAAAGUUUAAUAUCUUUAAAAUAAAUCACAUAUACACUCCUUUCCACAAUUAUUAGCAACACUAGUAGAGUUGAAAAAAAAAAGUUUUUGAAAUUAACCUAUUUUUGCACUAGCACAACUUCAGCUUGAACAUUUCUGAAACCUCAAGCUUUUCAUUUUGGCACAUUUUUGAGUCUUGGAGAAAAUAAUCAAUGUUAAUGUUUUUGUAAUAUAAAUAAGUGCUGGAACAGGUUUUGGCAUUCUUCAUUUUUCUGACAAACAAUUUCUGGAAAAUUCCCUUAGGCAAGUUAAAAAAUAUGGAACUCAGUUAGUGCCAGAUGUUGAAGUGAUUUUAAAAGUGGGGAAACUCAGAUUGCUUUAGUAAGCAGUUUGGACAGAUUUACUUAAUUUCACUUUAUUUUUUUUUUAUCUAAAAAAAUAUGUUCACUGAGGUUUAAAAGUUUCAUAGAUUUUUGCCUUGAAUGGCCCUAUAUUUUAAAUAAACCACAAAUCCAAACACUGUCUGAAAUAAUUGGCUCUUCUGGUAAAGAUGCAUGAAAAAUAAAUUAAUUGUAUUUUUUGCAUCAUAAUAAUCUGAUACUAAAUAGAAAUUUCAGAAAAAUAGAGUGAAAAUCUUUAGUUGGGAUUUUUAAAAAUUAUUUGCAAAAUAAAUAAGUAAAUCUAAAUAACUGGAGCCAAAUAAUUAUUAUUACCCUUAAUUAUUAAAAUUAUUGAAUAAAUGAAAUGUUACCUGAUUUCCAAAACCAUAAAUGUCUUUACUGAUGGAUUUUCUAUGUUGUUAUUUUUAGUGUAGAGAGCUAUUCAUACACUGCAAAAACAUAACAUCUUAAUUUUGGUCUAGUUUAUAGCAUAUUUGAGAUAAAACAAAACUAACUAACAAGAAACUUUUCAGCGAGAUAUGAGAUUACUUAAGUCCUUAAGUAUUACUUAAAUCCUUAAUAUUGAUGAAAAAGUUCUAGUUCUAUUGGCAGAUAAUUUCACUUAUAGCAACACAUUUUCCAUGUUACUGGAUCAAAAUUACUUGGUAAGAUUUUGUGUUUUUGCAGUGUAUGUUAAUAUCUUCAAAAUAUACUUCCCACAAAUAUUGGCACCCCCAACAAAAAUAUUGUUUUAUUUUUACAUCUGGCACAACCUGAGCUCCAUACUGGGUGAGAUUUAUCAGUGAAACGGCGAAAACAAUUUACAGCGCAGGCAGCAGCGUUGCGCAUCGGGUUGCCGGCUGAGCGAUUCGGUUUCUGUCUUUGAUCCUGGGUAAAAUGUCGUCUGAACAGAAAAUACACCAUGUACCCCCGCGUAGCGGUUAUUUCUGGAAUGAAAAAUUGACCCCCAGAGAAGAAGGAAAACACAGAGUGUGGUCGACGCAAUCCGAGCCUCGACCCGAGAGGGAAAGUGAGGGAGUGAAAAACGCGUGGAGAUGGUUUCACUGCUUCAUAUCCAGUCAGCUGGAGAAGCACAAGCGUCGAGUUAACUGCUUUCUCCAGUUUUAAAGUACAAAAAUAAUCAGGAUUUACACUGAAAAUCAAAUAAUCAAAAUGUAAUUAGUCACUGGGAAGUUUUGAUUAAGAUUAGCAUAUGUUUUAAUUAACACAUUUUAAGGAGAUAAUUUUGUUUUUCAAUUAAGUGUGAAUUUUUUUAAACUUUGCAUUAAAAAAAU